CUUCGAUCUCAAAACCCUAAAGUCGCUAAACCCAAAAACACUCCAAGUCAUGGCUCCUCCAAGUCUUCUCGGUCCUCCACAGGUCAACCGAUCCACCACCCAACCCGAACCCGCUGCCGGCGACCCCUUCAUCGAUUCCAUGAUCGCCGAUUUCAACAACCUCAACAAGCCCACCCCUAAACCCCCGAUGGGCUUCACCGAGAACGACUCCGCCACAUUCCUCUCCUCCGGCAACCCUUGCCUCGAUCUUUUCUUCCACGUCGUACCGAACACUCCGGCAUCCUAUCUCCACCAGCAGCUCCCUCUCGCCUGGGCCCACGACGCCCUAACCACCCUCAAGCUCAUCUGCAACCUCCGCGGCGUACGCGGCACCGGAAAGUCCGACAAAGAAGGGUUCUACACGGCUGCUCUCUGGCUCCACCAGCACCACCCCAAAACCCUAGCAUGCAACGUCGCUUCCCUCGCCGAGUUCGGCUACUUCAAGGACCUCCCGGAGAUUCUCUACCGCCUUCUAGAAGGCCACGACGUCCGACAGACCCAAAAGGAAGAGUGGCUACAGAGAAAACACUCCAUCGGGAGAAGGGCCUCCCCGAGAGGCAAGGCGGCGAAGUCGGCGAAAACCAAGAGCCUCGGAGUAACCAGGCAGGAGCCGAAAGAGGCCAGAAAAGCCAAGGCGGCUGAGAGGGUAAGAUCGGAAAGGGCAAAUAUCAGCGCAUUGAGGCAUCAGAAGACUUUGGAGAUGGCCAAGAAGGCCGUUGAGAGGUACCAGCGAGACCCGGAUUACCGGUUUUUAUAUGACCGGGUUUCGGAUCUUUUCAGUGAGUGUUUGAAGUCCGAUGUCGAGAAUCUCAAGGCCAAUCAGUACAAGAAGAUCAGCUUGGCAGCCAAGUGGUGCCCUUCUAUCGAUUCCUCGUUUGAUAAGGCAACAUUGCUAUGUGAAAGCAUAGCAAGGAACGUUUUCCCCAGGGAAUCGUAUCCGGAAUAUCAAGGAAUCGAGGAGGCUCAUUAUGUUUACAGAGUCCGAGACCGGCUGAGGAAGGAGAUUCUUGUGCCGCUGAGGAAGGUUUUGGAGUUGCCUGAGGUUUAUAUUGGAGCUAAUGACUGGAAUUCGAUUCCUUAUAACCGAGUCGCCUCGUUGGCCAUGAAGCUUUACAAGGAGAAGUUCUUCAAGCAUGAUGAAGAGAGGUUCAAAAAGUACUUGGAGAAUGUGCAGGCCGGCAAGUCCAAGAUUGCUGCCGGUGCUCUGCUGCCGCACGAGAUCAUAGCCUCUCUAAGGGACAGCGAUGGGGGCCAAGUGGCCGAGCUUCAGUGGCAGAGAAUGGUAGAGGAUAUGUUGAAGUUGGGGAAGAUGAAGAAUUGCUUGGCUGUGUGUGACGUGUCCGGAAGCAUGUAUGGAGAGCCAAUGGAGGUGUGUGUGGCUUUGGGGCUUUUGGUGUCUGAGCUGUGUGAUGAGCCAUGGAAAGGGAAGGUGAUCACCUUCAGUCAGAACCCUCAACUGCAUUUAAUCCGUGGUGAAAGUCUCGAGUCCAAGACCAAUUUUAUCAGGUUUAUGGAAUGGGGGAUGAACACUGAUUUUCAGAAGGUGUUUGAUUUGCUUCUCCAGGUGGCGGUUAAUGGAAAGUUGAAGCCGGAAAAUAUGAUCAAGCGGAUUUUUGUGUUCAGUGACAUGGAGUUUGAUCGGGCCUCGUCAAAUAGAUGGGAGACUGAUUAUGAGGUGAUUCAAAGAAAGUAUAGGGAGAAUGGGUAUGGGGAUGCUGUGCCACAGAUAGUAUUUUGGAAUCUGAGGGACUCGAGGUCUACUCCUGUGCCAGGGACUCAACCUGGGGUGGCUUUGUUGAGUGGCUUCUCCAAGAACUUGCUCAAGUUGUUCCUGGAUUACGAUGGGGAAAUCCGCCCGGACCUGACCAUGGAAUUGGCUAUCUCUGGCCCUGAGUAUCAGAAGCUGGUUGUCCUGGACUGAUCAUCAUCGAUCUU